AUGCAGCCAGAUCUGAGGCGGGGAUGUAGACCCUUAACUACAUUUGAGUCUCUAGCCACGUCUAGAACCUUACAAAAGAAACACAUAACCACUUUCUAUAACUUAUUACAAGCACAAGACAACGAACAAAUUCCGACAUACACCAAAGCGUGGGAGAACGACUUGGGGAUUACUUUAACCCAGUCAGAGUGGGGCAAAAUAUUCACCAACAUUUCUAAGUCCUCCAUCAAUACUACUAUACAAGAGAGCAACUAUAAACGAAUCUCUAGAUGGCACCUAGCCCCGACCAGAUCCUAUAGAUUUUCCCCCAACACCUCCAGAGUUUGUUGGAGAUGCACAACCGAAAUAGGAUCUCCGGGUCAUCUAUGGUGGACGUGCAUCAUUAUACAAAACUAUUGGGAAAAAAUAUGCUCCCUCAUCAAUAUCAUCACGGGCUAUGAGUUACCCACCUCACCUGAAACUCUUGUUUUUAUGCUCUAUCCCUCUCCACUAGCGAAAUCCACUCGAGUUUUAAUAAACCACAUGCUCACAGCGGCAAAUGGUUUAAUCCCUACCAAAUGGAAACAGAGUAACCCUCCAACUAUUAGAGAAUGGUUAGCAAAGGUAGAAGCCAUACGACAAAUGGAAGAACUCUCCCACUCCUUAAAUGGCACAUAUGAUAAAUAUGUUUUUGCAUGGUCACCAUGGGAUAAAUUUAUCAAAGAUUACAAACCAGAUAAUAUGUCCACGCCUACAUAG